UUCUUCUUUAUUACUUCCUUUUUUCUUUAUUGCUAACUCAAUUACAUUCCUUAACAUAUAAUGCUUGAAGCUCCUGAACAAAAGAAAGGUCUUAGGCUAAAGAAAAGUUUAUUUCGACAACCACUUGAUGCAAAUCAACCCAAAUCACCAUUAAGUCGAAAAGGUCAAAUACAUAUUUCUUCACCUAUUCUUCAACAUUCCACCAGUAUCUACUCGCUGGUUUCACCUACAAAGAACUCGUUCUCUAGUUUUCGAUAUGAUGAGUUAUAUCAACCCUUGACUUCACCCCCACCUAUUCCUCAACAACCUAAUUCAAUAUCGCCUUCGCCUCGUCGGGAUAGUCGACCCAUGAGAAGUCAUACUACCAUGUCUACCUGUUCUUCUUCCAGUUCUCCUCCUCCAAGACCCACUCAUCCAUUGGAUAUGGUCUAUUUAGACGAGCGUAUUCCUAUUCGUCAUGUAGAAUCUCGUCGUACAGUGACCACAGAUCCUCGAGAACAUCCACAAAAGUCAACAAAGACUCGUCGACACUCCUGUUCUUCUACCCUUGGCUUUAAGCAGCAACAACAAUCAACAAAGAACACUGAAUUGGCGCCAUGCAAAUCAUUCAAGAGUAAAUUAAAAGAUCGCCGUCGCAGUAGCAGUAAAUCAAAUGCAACCAUUUCGGCAGCUAGUGCAGCAGCAACAGCUUCUAUAGAGCUCUCCAUGGAAACAAGCAAAUCAACUCCCUUACGUAAAAUAAAGACAUACAAUGUACCCAAGAAGCUAGUCUCUGCUGAAGAAGAAGAAAGACAGCGAAAAAUGCAAGAACUAGAAGAUUUGAUUACAGGAAGAAGAGGAAGCACUCUUAAGCUUACUUUGACACCUAAAGGACUAUGAUCAACAGGGUCCAGUUUGUAUUAUUAUUAUUAUUAUUAUUAUCAUUAUUAUUACUUAAUUUAUGCUUACAAAACUUAUAUAUUCUUUACCCUUUAUACGCCC